CUGUUUUUAUAUUUUAUAUUUUCAACAUUUUCUAUUUCAAAAGGCCAACGGACAUGUGGAUCCACAGCAGAGCGAUGUGUGUAUGUGCUGCACUUCUCAGUGGCGUCUUGCUAAAUAUUCAGUCGCUAGCAGUUACUGCUACUGCCGCAAACAAGCCUCAAUUGGCCGGUGUAAUUGGACACACGUACAGCUCUAACAUUCGGAAGUACUCGGGGAUAUUGAGCGAGUUUCAAACGAGCAACGCGACACAAAUAUGUCCAGAUUUGAAACGCGCCGAUCGCAAUAUAAAGUACUACUCGCAUGUUGGACUUAAUUUUAUAAAAAUCGAGCAUGGUAAUCUGUCAAAGCGACAACCAAAAGUCGUCACAGCAGCGUCGCUGCUAAACAAGUCCAACCGCUUAGUAUCCUCGACCUUUAGGGAUGUAUUCAGGGUACUUGUCACGACCAAUGCCAAUGGCUUUUUCACCAUCAGCUACCCAUAGCUUCAGUUUCAGAACAGUUUUUUAAUUUCCAAAUCUGGUAAACGGCACUUUUAUUUUUUGCAAAUCAUGUUUACAGAAUGUCGCGCUACAGUGUAAAUAAAAG